AGUUGAUCUCCGGAGAACCGUGUCGAUGGAAGUCUCCUCUCUCUGAUUCAGGUGGUAUGACCAGGCAAGUUCCAGCUGAGCAGAAAUCGCCUAAAUCCCUCCUGUCCCGCAGCAGCGAGUGGAGCAGCCAGUUUGAUGACUCUACAGGAUUUAGGAGUGAAAAGCUCCCAGCCAGGUGUCAUUUUGGACCUCAGCAUCUAUAAUGGAAAACUCCAGCGAGGACUACAAGAUCCAGUCAUUCGACAUGGAUACACAGAAACUGCUAAAAACAGCCUUGAAAGAUCCAGGUUCUGUGAACCUGGAGAAGGUGUCCAACGUCCUCGUGGACCAGUCGUUGAAGGACCCCUUUUUCAGCAAGGAGGCCGGCCGCAUCUGCUUCACAAUCGUGCAGGCGGAGGCCAAGCAAAACAACGGCGCCGUGUUUAGGAGGCACCUGCUGAACCGCCUGCAGCAGGAGUUCAAGCAGCGCGAGGAGACCAGGAAGCGCUCGCUGCAGGAGUGGGUCUGCUACGUCACCUUCAUCUGCAACAUCUUCGACUACCUCAAGGUGAACAACAUGCCGAUGGUGGCCCUGGUCCCUCCUGUGUACGACUGUCUGGUGAGGCUGGCCCAACCGGACGCUCUUCUGAACGAGGAAGAGGUGGACUGCCUGGUGCUGCAGCUGCAUCGCAUCGGGGAGCAGCUGGAGAAGGUGAACGGCCAGCGGAUGGACGAGCUCUUCUUCCUGCUGCGGGACGGCUUCCUCCUGCAGGAGGGCCUCACCUCCAUGGCCCGCCUCCUGCUGCUGGAGAUCCUGGAGUUCCGGGCCGGCGGCUGGAUGCUCAGCAGCACCGCCCACAAGUACUACUACAGCGAAAUCUCCGAGUGAGAGAGGGCCGCUGAGCCGUCCGAAACCCGCGGACACUUUUCCCUUUAGCCGCCGCCGAUUAUUAUACCAGCAGCUUGAUGGUGGGAGGAGACGGGAGUCAGAGAGACUUUGAUUUGUGCUGCGUGGUUUCCUGCGUUUGAUCAAGGCUGACGUGGGAUGGCUGUGGAAUGUGCAAUAGUUGACCAGAGGUUUUAGUUGUUAAGGUUUUCUCCUGCGUUCGGACAAACUUUGGUCUAAGUUGAUUUUAGUUUGGAUCAAAAACCUAGAAGCUCAGCGUUUUCCGACACUUUUUGCAUUCCUGCUUUGUAGGAAGGUUUCCUCUUUAGUUUACCAAGUUUUUGAGUCAAAACGGAGACAUUCCAGUUCGAUUCAGACUGAUUUAAUAGUUGCUUUACUUUUAUAUUAUCACUAUUAUUAUUGUAACGUAUUGGAUCAUUUGCAGAGCUCAAGACAUUUCCUGUGUGAAGUUAUAAAAGUUUUUACAUGAUUUUAGUUGCUGUUAAGAAGCAGGAUUCUUAACAUUUGAUGAGAGGCCGGUUUGUCUCUGUUCAGGGAUGCGAUUUUUUUAUUUCUUGUUCCUUCUCGUCACGGCUUCAGUUCAAAGACCAAAAUUUUUUUUAUAUGUAUAUCAAAGAUGUUAAAUGUUUUGGAGGAAUAUUUGUUUUAAAGAAGUGGUGCCAACCCAACCAGAGCACGAUGCUGUAUAUAUUUGGUACACCUUAAUAAGGCCUAAAGGGUUCUAACAAGUCAGGGCGGGACCAAGAAGCAAACAGCCCAGGGUGUCCUGCCCUCAGAACUUAGACCGCACGUAAUUACCAGUCAGGCUUUUACAGGCCGGCACUGACGUCUACUUUUCUUCUGUUUUGUUGCCAAGAACUAUAACGCUUCAAAACUCAGUUUUGUUUCCGUUCUGGAGUUUGCCAGAAAAGUUGACCUUGAAAGACAAAAGUGCUAGUUUUCAAUUAAACAGAAUAUUUCAAGAUUUAUAUAUAUAUAUAUAUAUAUAUAUAUAUAUAUAUAUAUAUAUAUAUAUAUAUAUAUAUGUCCCGUUUAUAUAGCCAAGCACAUGCCUGCUACCGUUAUCUGGUUUAAUUAAGCAAAAAACAAAGUGAAUCAAGGAAAAUAUAAUUUUAAGGUGUGUUUAUAGAUGUUUAGGGUUCACCUUCAGAUCUUUUGCCAUCUGCUGACUUAUCCUGACGCCUCAAUCCAAGCAUCAGGAUGUUGUUUUACCAGCAGACCACUGCUUAAAACUGAAUCUUUUUUUUAAUUAUGGUAUAUUUGGUCAUAUUGCUGAACUGAGCUGAUAGGCAACUUUUUUUUUUUUUUGUUGUCUCAGUCCAGCUAUACCUACAACUGUAACAUUUGACCAAGUUAUGCCUGAAGAACGAUGCAUAAAGAGUUUGACCCAUUGUGAUUUAUUUAAGAGGAGUUGGAUUGGAAGCUCUGAACCUACAUUUUCAAGUCGUUGUUUAAAAUCACUUGAGCUUAAAGGGGUUCAGGACCAGAACCUGCUUUGUUUUUUGCAUUAAAUUUCAAAGGUUUCUGGUUUAUUUGGAAAUAAGCAAGCCUGAAUGUCGGGAACGGAGAUCAUUUAAACCCAUCGAGAACAGUCGCAGACCUGAAAGCUGUUUGUUUUGAUAUUUUACUACAAAGCGGCAAUACUUUUACAUCUGUUUCUGUUUUUCUACUGUUGGACAGCAUAUUAAAUGCGUUUGUUUUAAAUAAAA